CGCCCCCCUCCGGACCAGGUGCCUCCCGGCUGCUGGCUCUAGCCCUUCCUCGCGUGGCUCCGCCCCCGCCCUCGCCCCCUGCCCAGGCCCGGCCCCUGCGGAGACCAGAGACGCGCGGACGCAGGCUCGAAGCGUCUGCCGAACCUCAGCCCACGACCUGCCCCUUUGGGAGGUGCGGGCCGCGGCCAGGCUCUGACCUCAACCUGGCACAGAGGCUCCGGCCCUCAGGCAAGAUUCUCCGGGUAAGUGUGGCGCCCUGAGGCGCUGUGGGGUGAAGAGGUCUAUGCAGGGGCCGCUGUGUACCUAGGAUCUUCCUGCACUCACAAACCCCCAGGGGGUGCCAGGACCCUGGAGGCUCCCAGGGCCUGGAGGGGCGUUCCUGAUGGGUUUCUGCCGCCACAGCUGUGACUCUCAGGGGAGUGGCUCUUGUGUCUUUAGACCUCUGUGCCGAUGACCUGGGAGGAAGGUCAGCCUUCCCUGCUGGAGGGGGCCCAGCAAAGCCUCAGCCCCCAGAAGUGAGGGGCCUGCCACUGCCUGCCCAAGGACCCCACUCCUGGGGGCCACAUGCUGAGAAGGGACACUGGGGGCCCAGCAGACCGGAGAGCUAACUCCAGCCCCACAGCCCCACAGCCUGGGCAGGGACCGGUCUAGCUGUAGUCACUGCCCCGGACCUGCUGCCCUGGACCUGCUGCCCUGCCCCAUCCCACCCUCCCCGGACCAGCCUCCCCAGAGUGAAGUCACAGCCUUGCCACCUGUCUUGAUCUCACCACUGUGAAGGCCCCACCUCUCCUGCUGCAGCCCCACAGCAUGCAGCCCCAGGAGAGCCACGUCCACUAUAGUAGGUGGGAGGACGGCAGCAGGGACGGAGUCAGCCUAGGGGCUGUGUCCAGCACAGAAGAGGCCUCAAGCUGCCGCAGGAUCUCCCAGAAGCUGUGCACGGGCAAGCUGGGCAUCGCCAUGAAAGCGCUGGGCGGCGUGGCCCUCUUCUGGAUCAUCUUCAUCCUGGGCUACCUCACUGGCUACUAUGUGCACAAGUGCAAAUAAACGCUGUCCCACGUGCAUGCUGGGGGCUGGCUGCACAAGUGAGAGCACAGGCCUGGAG